UUGAGGUUUCGGAGAGGAGGGAUACCCCUCCUCGUUGCCACUGCUAAGAAUAGAUGUAUGAACAAGAUGCUGGCUACACAUUCAAGUGACUGAUUUCGGAUGUAGCCGGCAUGUGAGGCUGACCAGCUCUCCAGAGAUUAAGGAAGAUGAGUAAUGGCGGUGCCAGGGCGGAAGCUUGAACGACAGGUCAGUGAAAGUUCCGUCGACAGUUUAAAAACUCUAAAUGAAGACCUUCGUACCCACCUGGCCAAACUGCGUAGCCAACUGGACCUGCAGAAGGGCAAUGUCAAGCAGGUCCACUGGCAGAAGGUGCUGGACAUCCGGAUGGUGCGAGAACAGGAACAGCAGAAACACAUGGCCACCAUAGCUGACCUACAGACCAAGCUACUGACUGAAAAGUCACGUGAACUUGAAAAUCAACGCGAACAGCUUCAGCAGAAACAUGAACAUGACUUUCAGAAAUUCACAAGGAUGAAGGACACCGAGAUCACCAAGUUGAGGCAUGAACUGGAACAGAAGGAAGCACUUCUGCAUCGGUACAUCAACGAGACGAGGAGAGAAUCUCUUCGCUUGUCUCAAGAUGGCCGGAAAUCGAAAUUGUUGAAUGAAUUGAGUGAUUUACGGAGUACCAAGAAGCAGCUUGAGGACUCGCUGACCUCGGCUAGUGAAGCAGAGAGACAAUAUUGUCGGGAGUUGCGCAAAACAGCAGAGCAUUACCAGUCGGAAGUCGUGAGAGUCAAGCGUGAGGCGUACAUAGAGAUACGGCACCUGAUUGAGCAACUGAAGAAUAAGGACAAGAUAAUUUCGCACUUGGAGCGAGAGCUGGGUCAUCAGUCGGGGUAUGCGCUGCACCUGGCGCUCGAGAGGGAGUCGACGUCACACGACGCCUCCCCCCACCCCGCCACCCUAGCGGUCACACCUAACAUGGAUCUCAGUCUCGGCAGCAGCGGCAGCAAUGGGAAACUCGGUGAUGGCAGUGGAACCAGGGCAACCACUUACACGCUAUCAUAUGAGGGCGAGGGCAAACGAGCUAUCGAGGAUUUAGCUCACCUAGAGACUGAGGUCCAAGAACUAAAUGAGAAGUGUGACUGCCUGGUGCAAGACAACCAGGAACUGAGCAAGAAGCUCAAAGAUAUAGAACAGAAGAACCGGCAACUUAAUGAAAAGAACAAGAAAUUUCUUGACAAGAAUGUGGAACUUACCUCUUUCAACCGAAACCUCAAGGACCAAACUCAAUUGCUCACAGAGGAUCACAAGAAACUUAACCACCAGUAUGAACAUUCCAGACGCAAGUGUCAACAGCUGAUGAAGCAGCUGCAGCAGGAGCGUUGUGAUCUCAGCUGCGCAGAGGAGAAAGUGCUGCAGAUGGAGGGCAUGAAGCAGCAGCUCACAGAGCAGGGCAAGUCCAUUGCCGCGCUCAAACAGGCUUGCUCAGAAAAGGACAGAAGAAUAGAAUUAAUACAACACAGAAAGAAAAGAAGAAGGUUAAUGAGAUCGCAGGAGAAGUGUACGGGAGUAAAGGAGACCUUCUAUGGAUAUGAUGAAGACAGCAGAUCAGAAAACUCGGAAAACUCUCUGUCAUCUGUUUCCUUGACGAUAUCAGAUGAUGACCUUUGGGAUGAGCUGACCCGGGAGGAGGUCGAGAAGAACUACCAGAGAUUGAUGCGUGAACACCAACAGCUGCAGAAGUCCCAUGCCUUGCUGCAGAGUCAGACUGACGGUCUGCUGGACCCGCAGAGGGAGGCCAAGAUGAGGAGCCAGCUGGAGAUGGAUCUGUUCAAGAGUCAGUGUCGGAUAGAGGAGCUGGAGAAAUUACUGCAGGAGACAGGACAGGGUGAAGCUUGUGAAUGGGUCCGAGAGAAAGAAAAGUUCUUCACGUCUAAUGAAGAACUUCGACAACAGGUACAGGUGUUUGAGAGUGAGACUACCAACCUCCAGCAAGACCUGUCCGAGAAGACGGAGCAGAUCGAGGACCUGGAGUUCCGCAUCCUUGAGCUGGAGGAGUGUGCACAGCCAAAGGUGUGUGAGUGUGGAGGAAGGGAGGUAACUCCAGCUGACAGCAUGUCGAGGGGCCCUCUUGAGGUUGAGGCCCUGCAGGGGCAGUUGAAGGUGUUGCUGCAGGGGAAAGGAAAGGAGGCUGACACAGUGUUGAAGAAGCUGGAUAAACUCAAGGAUGCUGAACAGCAAAUCAUCAAUCUGGAGUGUACAGCCAAGGAACUUCAAGCCAAGGUCAUUUCCCUCCAGCAAGAAAAGACAACUCUGGAGGAAAUGUUGCUCUCCACCCAGCAGGGGACAGCACCCUCUCCAAACCGACACGAGUCUGUCGAGGUGCUGGCGCUCAAGGAUCAGCUUGUAUUCCACGAAAAGUCGGAGGUAGAACUUAUGGAGAAGAACAUUAGACUCCAGACAAAGUUGGAGGAAUGUGAAAGUCAGAACUGUAAACUGCUCAGGAGGAUCGAUGAGUUGGAAGAUACGGUCGUCAAACUGCAGACGAAGCAUGGGAAACCCAUGAACAGGACGGACAGUGAGAAGGAGAAAUUUCAUGAGAAGUUGAUCCGGACCAAUUCCGUGGGGUCCGAUAGUCCGAGUAAACGGGAUAAGAACUCCCAGACAUACACCAAGAUGCUGGAUAAGAGUGUAACUGCCAAAUAUGAAGAACUUGUUAAACACACAGAAGCUGAUUUUGAUGUCUUGGAUCAAAAGAUGCAGAUCUUGUAUGAGGAGAAUCUGUCUCUUCAACAAAAGCUUGUUGAGAAGAAAAUAAUUGAUGAGGAGUCGGACAAGAGUUUGGACAUGUCUUAUGAUAGUCGGUUAGCAGAAAUGGAAGAAUACUGCGAAGAUUUGCAAGAUCGGCUUCACACUGCAGAAAUGUCGGAAAGACAGUUAAGAGAAAAGCUGAAGCUUGCGGAGCACACCAUCAAUGACCUUGAGAGUAGUGAAAACUACUGUCGAGAGAAGGUCGAGGAGUUGACCAAUCGUGAGAGUGAGGCAAAGAGGCAGACAUGCCAACUUUACCACACAGUCCAGGAACUGAAAGAGAUCGUACUGGACAAGGAUGUUAUUGAAACAGCUUUACGCGAGAAGGUGGACUUUCUGGAGAAGGCAGAACUGGCCUCAGCCCAAAUCAUUCAAGAACUCCAGAAUUCAGAGAAGAGUCUUCGGCAUCAAUUGGAGCUGAAAUCUGAUAUUGAGGGUGAUGUAAGGUUUGCUGAGCGGCUGAAAGGCCGUAUCAGUGUGUUAGAGAAGGACAACAAGAAGUUGAGUGUGAAGGUGUCUGAACUGGAGGAGGAUGAGGAGGUGUUGAGGGAGAACUGGAGGAGGGUGGCGGAUGAGGAUGCCAACAGGAUUGAGUGUCUGGAAGAGAAGGUAAAGAUGUUGGAAGCUAUGAACAAGCAGCUCAAAAAUAGUCUUCAGGAUGCACAAGACAAUGUGUACAUUCAUAAUAAUGUUCCUCAUUCUUCCUCUUUAGCCACUGAGUUGUCUGAGUCAGAAAGGAAUAAUGGUGAACUGACUCUGGCUAAAAGGUCUUUCUCAACUCCAUUUCUCCAUUCCGCGGGAUAUGAGGUGUCGAUGCCUCAGAGGUCCCUGUCCCAGAGGGAUUUGGACUUCAUCACUGAAUCUGAAGGGUUUGAAAAGAUUCAAGAAUUGGAGGAGCAGAUAAAUAAUAUUGUGGAGGAUAAGAAUUCCAAAAUAGAAAAUUUGCAUGAAAAGAUAGCCAAUUUGCAUGACAACGAGGUGAAAUUGACAGAAACUCUAGUGGAAAUGGAACAAGAGGAACGGGAACUGAAAGCAAAGAUUGCCUUGUACGAGAGCAAGGCUGUUACAGUGGAGAAGAUGCUUCAGUAUGAGGACAAGAUUAUGGAGCUCCAUAGUUCACAGGAGAACCUUCUGGAUAGACUGGAGUCUAUGGAAGAUCAUGAGAUGACUCUGCAGGAAAAACUAGACCUGGAAGAACAGCAGACGAAAAUCAAAGUUGGGACUCUGGAGAAACAGCUGAAGAAUGUGCAUGCCCAGUUGGAGCAGGCAAAGACAAGAGGCGAAGAGCUUGUGAAAGAGAAAGAGUUCCUCAAGAAGCAGAUUGACAAACUGGAGAACAAGAUCAGAUUGUAUGUGAGGAAGGGAGAAGAAGCCAAGGAGAAGGUGACUGAGUUGAGUGGACAGAUUAAUGUGUAUGAACAGAGAGAGGAGUAUGCUUCAGGGAAACUGAAAGAGAUGGAGGAGACUUUGAGUGCUAUUCAGGAGAGGGAGGGAGGUUUGAAAGCUAGAAUUGCUGAGCUUGAGAGUCAGAUUGAAGUUUUGCAUCAGCGGGAGGAGAAAGCAAAAGCUAAAUUGGUUGGAAUGAAAGAUGAGAUGAAAAAACUUGAACAGAAAGAUUCACAUUCAUCUGCUAGAAUUGUGGAGCUUGAAAAGCAUGAGAAGGAACUAGUGGAGAAAGUGUGUCAAUAUGCUAAGAGGGAUUCCAAAUCGAAACAGAAAAUUAGUGAGUUAGAGAGUCAAAUGAGUGAGAGUGCUUCUAAAUCUGUUGUAUUAGAAAGAGAGUUAGCAGAAGCGCAAGAGAAUGACCAGGCUAGAUUAGGAACAAUAAAAAAUAUGGAGAAAGCCCAAACUGAACUGAGUGAAUCUUUGAAAAAGAUGCGUGUAUGUGAAGACAGAUAUGUCCAGCAGAUCUCAACCCUGGAACAAACAAAGUCUGUGGCUGUUGCUGAGCUUGAGAAAGAAAAACAUGAGCUACUGGAGAAAAUUAAGAAAUUAGAGAUGAGUGUGCGAGAACAGGUAGGAAGUGUUAAAUACUUAGAACAGAAACUCUCACAAUCUCAGGGAUGUGAACGGACGGGUGCUGAGAAAAUGUCGUCCUUGGAGACAACACUUGCAGAUUAUGAAGAGAUCGUUGUGAGAAAAACAUCAGAAGUAAAAGAAUUACAGAAAGAAAAGUUGGAACUGUCCAAGAAAGUAGAUGAUCUUGUUAAUGAAGGUGAUCAGCUGGAAGACGAAAAGAUCGAACUGAAAGACCAAGUGUGGAAUCUUCAGCAGGAGAAAAACUUCCUUGAAAGUCAGUUGAAUCAGUUGACAGGGAAGGAAGAUGGACAGAAGGCAGUCCUUGAAUCUUUGAGAGCAUCUCUGAAUCAACUUCAAGAGACAAAUAAAGAAUAUGAGACCCAAGUUCGGACAUUGUCUUCUGAUGUUGAAUCUUUUGAACAGAAAAACAGGAGUCUUUCUUCGGAAAUGGACCAAGUGUUGUCUCUGAAAAGUGAAUUGGAAAAGAACAUUCAGAUUUUGUCGGAACAAGUUUCCUCUUUGGAAAAGGAGAACCAGGAUCUCAGGACUCAAGUUUCAAAUAUUUCAUCAGAAAAAGAAGAAAUUCAGUCAUCUUUGGACAGAUUGACAUGUGAUAUAGACUUCUUAAAUGGUGUAGUGGGUGAUCUCAAAUUCAGUGUGAAAACCUUAGAAAAUGAGAAAUCUGAACUAAAGUCUGAAUGUGAAACUGCUCAGACUGAGUGUUAUGAUCUCAAACAAAAACUAUCUGCUUCAAAGUCAUUUGAUGAGCAGUCUGAGAAAAAGACCAAAGUAAUGUCUCAGGAUAUGGAAACACUUGAAAAUGCUAAGAAAGAACUCCUGAAAAGUGUUCUUUCUUUGGAAAAUGAGAAACACAAUAUCUUGGCAGAACUUGAAAAAACUAAGAGUGAAUGUGAAAGUGCUAAUGUGAAACUGAAUGAGAGUUGUGAAAAUGAAAAGAAUCUCAGGGACAAACUGACCGUGUCAGAAGAAAAGCUGUUGAACCAUCAGAAAAGAGAAGAGGAGUUGGAAGAUGAAGUGUCUCGGUUGACGGAAUCCGUGGAGUCAGUUCAGUCAGAGCUCGAUACUGUCCAGCCUGUAGAGAAUGUUGAAGACAUAGUGAAGGAGAGAGACCAGUUACAGGAACAUCUACAGCAGCUACACAAAGACCAGGGCAGGAUGAGUCAGAAGAUGGAAGUGUUGCAGGAUGCGGAGACUAAGCUGAUGGACAGGGUCAUGGAACUAGAGCAGGUGGAACAGGAUCUGCAGGAGAAGCUGGAGACCAGCUCCAGACUCUCCAGAGAAGGAACUCUCUGUUCUGAGACGUCUACUAUCACUGAUGUGUCCUCUCAGCGAGACAUGUCAGACCAGUCAACGUCCACCUGUGAUCUGGUUGGUGCUGAUCAACCAGUACCUGUUAAGAAGGUAUCUGGAAUAUUCCAAAGACUUCAGGAGCUGGAGACGGAGAACAAGGACAUGUCCAUAAAGCUGCAUGAUUAUGAUAGUGCUACAACCCAGGCAAAGCAGAUGAAGGAUAAGGUGAAGUUGUUGGAACGAUCAGAAGAUAAAUUGAUGGAACGUGUUAUGGAACUGGAAGAAUGUGAAGAUAGGUUGAGAGGUGAAGUUCAGAAAUUGAGGAGUAGUUCAAGUGUUGAUGAGAGUGAUAGUGGGAGAGAAGUUAUGAGACAAGCUUCAACUGGUGCUGAAUCUGAUACCUCAGCUUUGAUUACUUAUGUGGAACAGUUAAAAGAAGAAAAAUCAAAUAUUGAAACUCUGUUGGAUGAAGAGAAGGAAAAUGUGGAAAAGAUAGCACAAGAGAAAAUGAUUCUUCAGGAAGAACUUUUACAUUUGACUGAGGGUGUUCAGGAAGAGAAACAGACAUUGGAAGAUAAGGUGAAGACUUUGGAAAGAUUGCAUCAAAAAGAACAGUUCAAGGUUGACUCUCUUCAGAGUUCAGAGUUUGUUUUGAAGAAGGAUUUAGAGACCCUGAAACAGGAGAAGAAGACAGUUGAGGAUGAAAUGAAUGACCUGCAGAGUCAGGUCAUUGACUUUCAAACACAAAUUGUGGACCUUGAGAAUCAGCUGCAGGAAGAACGUCACAUGGUAGAAAUUGUCACUGAUAAAAAGAUCAGCUUAGAGAAAAAAAUGCAAAGUUUGGAGGAAACAGUUUCCCAACAACAUCACCAGUCAAAAACAUAUGCCAGUGUUGAGGAUCGGCUACUGAAGUCAAUGACGGAUGAGUCAAGUGUGUUGAAGGACUUGGAGAAGGAGUUGAGGACAACUCAGGUGCAGCUGGCAGAAGUGCAGACUGAGUAUGAGAAGAAGAUCUCUGAUGUACAGUCUCAGAAUCAGUCUCCAGAUCAGAGUGAGAAACAUGUGAAAAGUGCUAUCAAUGCCAAUGUUCAAAAGGAACAGAAACUUCAAGAGCAAAUAGAAACUCUACAAAGUGAGAUUAGUGAAAUCUGUGAUAAAUCAAAACAGCUUGAAGACAGAGUUAUUGUGCUUCAGUCUGAAAAUUCUAGUCUUGUGCUUAAAUGUGACAGUCUUACAAAAGACAACGAAAAGUUGUGUGAAUCUGUUAAGACCCUCAGAGAAGAGGGUGACCCAAAGAAGAAAAGUCCUACCCACCACCCAGUCUUGCCAAAAAUCACCUCCCUUGCCACCGCCUCACCUCGUAGUAAAGACAUUCUGAAAAAACCUCUUCCAUUUGGUGCAAACAAAUCAGUGCAAUUUCUCAGGGAAAAAGACGUUCAAAGUCAAGUGACCGCUUUAGAAUCCAAGCAGAAGGAACUAUUAGACACUAUUGGUAAACUCGAAAGAGAAAAUGCCAAAUUAAAGGAUGGUUCAUCCUCUACCUCAACGUCGACACUAUACCUGACUCCAGCCAGUAAGAAGUACGGAGGUUCACGGUACUCGGGGACCAAGGAGUCCUCUAGUGAAGAGCUCCUGCAGAAGGUGCACAAGCUGGAGCAGGAGAAGGAGCAGGGACGGAGGAAGGUGGAGGAGUUGGAGAAAUACAUCACAGCAUUCAAGGCUGAAGUCACGAACCUGAGGGAUUUCAUUGUUGAGGGGGAGAAAAAGGCGACAGAUACAUUCCAUAUGAAACCCAAACCAAUGUCGCCUUCAGUGUCCCUACACCAUAUGGCAGAAAUCUCAAAUCUAGAAGUGGAAUUACGAAGGAAGAUGGCAGAAAUACAACACCGAGAACAGACCGUCAGAUCUGAAGUUAGCCCAAUUGGUGUUGAAAAACUCAGGCACCAGGUCAUUGAACUCCAAGCAUCAGAAGCAAGACUUAAACAAAAGGUCGUUGACCUUCAACUUGUAGAAGAUGAUCUUAGGAAAAAAUUAAAACACUCUGAUAGGUCAGCCCGACCAGCAUCCGUACCAGCAUCGAAGUGUGAUGGAAACCAUGCGGAAUUCUUCCAUAAAAUUGAUACCUUGAAGAAACGUGAAGAACAUUUGAAGCAGCAGAUAGAGAGACUGGAACAAGAUGCCAAGAAUCAGGAUCUGUCCCGAAAGGUGGACCAACUUGAGCAGUCAGAGAAAUCUCUGAAGAGGAAAGUUGAGCGUCUGGAGACCAGCCAGGUGGCAGCACCUGUUGCCACGGAGACAGCAGACACCAUGUUGGACAAACCAGAGGAUGUCCUGCUUCAGCAGAUCCGUGAGCUGGAGAAGCUUGACAAGCAUCACAGAGAACAGAUAUCAGAACUGGAAGCUGACAGAGAGGAACUCCAUGAGAUAGCACGGAGGGACAAAGCCACCAUCCAUGAUCAGAAUGUCCGCAACCGGGAGCUGCAACUGUCGGAGAAGGUGCUCCGGGAGCAGGUGGAGAAGAUGGAGGCUGCAGAGACGGAACUGUACCGAAAGUGUGAAGAUCUGGACUCUCAGAAUUCCAAGAUGGAGGACCAGACUCAUCUCCUGCAGAUCCAUGAGAGGAGGCUCCGCGAACUUGUCAAGAAAUUAAAACUGGAUGAGGAAUUAUGGAUUGCAAAAUCCGAAAACAUGGAAAUGACUGUAGAAGAGCUUGCUGCUUCAGAGGUUAAUCUCAGAAAGAGGCUGGAGGAGCUUGCCACAGAGAAGAUGACUCUAGCGCAGAAGUCAGAAUAUCUUCGGCUUCGGUGUCAAGAGUUGGAAAGCUCUGAGACAGCUCUGUACGAGAAGGUGAAGAAUUAUGAAAAUGUGGAAGUGAGUCUUCAGAACAAGUUAAUGGUGUUAGAGAACUCUGAGGCAGCAGCUAAUAGUAAGAUAUCCGAACUAGACAUGAUGAAUAUGGACAUGUCCACGCGGCUGCAGAGAGCCGUGGAGGAGAAUGCUGUCCUGUACAAUCACAUCCAGGGAAUUCAGGGCAAUGUGCAAGAGCUCAAUAGACAGCUUCUUGUAGCCAAAGACUCAGAACUCAGUUUGAAACAACAGGUGGAGAGUUCAGAGAAGAACGAGGUUGUGUUGCAAAAACGUUUGAAGGAGUUUGAGUUGCGAGAUAUAGACUCUCAAGCCAAAGUGAGACAACUUGAGCAGACUGAGGCUAUUAUGAAGGACCGGAUCAGUAAUCUGCAUCGGAGUGAGAACAAACUCAAGUACAGAAUACAGGAGCUGGAGAGCACUGGCAAACAGUCUCUCGAUGGAGUGUCCCGGGAGAAACUCCCUCGCACUCUGGAUGAGUGUCAUAAGAGGAUCGUGGUCCUUCAGAAUCAGCUCAAGCAGACUGCCAAGUUUUCGGAUGAUGAUGAUGACGGAGCCAUAGUGAAAGUGCCGAAAAUGGAGUUGGCACAAGUGCAGGCAAAGAUGGUUUUGCUCGAAGAAUCUGAGCGUCAGUUGUCUGAGACAGAGAAACUCGUUUCUCAUCUCCGAGACACCGUCGCACAGCUCAGACAGGGCAAGGGUUCGUGUGGUCAUGAGGUGGAGCUGGAUGUAUGUAGGAGGAGGAUCGAAUCCUACGAGAACAUCUUGCAGCGUCUCAAACAAAUCCUGCCGCCAGAGCAGGUGCCCUCUUUGUUGAACCCUGAUUCAGACCCAUCUGUUCAGGGCUCAUCCAGUGAGAACCUCCCAGCCCGAGGUCUUCAGUCCUUGGAGUCAGAGAGGGUUAUGCAGACAAUGAGAGGCUUGACCAGGCCAGUGGGGUCAGCAGCAGCGCAACCCCAGGCCAUGCAUGCUGAGGAUCAGGUGCCCUCAGACCUCAGCAGUGUUGAUGAAGAAAAUAUGCAUCAGGUGCAAGGAAGCAGAGUAUACACUCGCCCUCGUGUUUCUGCUUCUCAAGAUGGCCGAGGCGGCCAUCUUGAAUCUAGUGAUGCAGAGUCUGUGAUGGAGGAGCAGUGGAAGAGAAUUGAAUCUAAGAAACCACGGCUGGAGAAGAAAGCCGAUAUGUCUGGUAACUGGAAGAGUGUUGCCAAGACUGUUCCUUCCACCUCCCCCAGAAAAAACACAGACAGUCAGGAGGAAUUGAUGAUAGGUCUCACCCUUAACUCGGAGAGUGAGCACAGCCAUUACCGAUCACAGAAUGACACAGAUUCCAAUAGGUCAAGCCCUCAGCUGCACCGAGCUAGAGCAUCGAAGGAUGCUAGCUUUGAAUCGCAUGCUCCGCCUUUGCCAAAAUCGCUUCCACCAUCUUUGCCACAAAAGGUGGGAAAUUUCGCAGAGAAAUCCUACUACCUACCGAGCUCAGAGUUGAACACCAGCGCUGAUGAGACUCAGAGGUCAGGAGGUCAGCGUGUCCCUCACCAGCAAACAGCACCCCCAGUGUCUGCCCAGGUUACACGAACAGUGUCGGCCGAGAGUGUUGCCGACAGUGGGCAGGGCACCCUGGGAACAGGGUCGAUGUUCUCGAUGUCCCGGGGGUCAGUCAUCAGAGACAGGAUAGCACAGCUUGAGAGACAAUUGCAGUCCAAGAGCUCGGGAGCUGAAAGUAGGACUGAUGAGGAAGAUAGUGUGUUUUCUUGGAAACAAAAGGCUCUAGAAAAACCACGACACAUUGAAAUCAUAGAGAAGGAGAAUAAGAAUGUCAAAGAUGAAAUCAAUAAGUUAGAGAAGGAGUUAGAGGAGAAGAGACGACACAUUGAUACGUUUACAACUUGGAUGUCUGAUGCAGAGGAACUACUCAGAAACCAGAACAAGCACAGUGAUAGGGACAUAGUACAGAACUUACAGUCGCAUCUAGUCAGCAUCAAGUCUCAACUACAACACUCAGGUUAUCGGAAAGAAGACAUAUUGGAAGACCCAGCAGCAUUUAAAACAGAACUUUACAAACGGGAUCGAGAAAUAGCAACCAAAACUAGUGAGAUAGAAACACUAACAGUGGAAGUCCUUCGGUGGAAGGAGGAAUGUGAUAGGACGGAGAAAAUGCGUGCCAACGCACUUGAUAGUCUACGAAAUUUGGAGGUUGAAGUAACACAUUUGGAGAAUACUGAGGAGCAGCUGAAGGAAUUAAAGGAGGAAUACAACCAACUACGGGAACAGCUACACGAUCUGAGGAGUGUCUGUGCAGAAUACAAGCAUGUUCUGUCCGAGAAAGAGGAUCUGGAAGAUGAGAUUCAAAAUUUGAAGCUGCGUCUAAAAGAUUUUGGUGUGAAGGAAGCAGAAAACAGUGCCCUUGAAGGACAACUUGAGGGAGCAUCAAGACUUCUCAGUGAUCGGAUGGAGCGAGUUGAACAGCUGAAGCAGGAGCUUGUGCACCUGCAGGACAGGAUGGCUGACAUUGACAAGGAGAACAGUCACCUCAAGACCAUGCAGGAUGACUAUCAUACCAUUAAAUCCAGGUAUGAGGAGGUGGAAAGACUGAAGAACAAGGCUGUGAUGGCCAUCUCCCCACUCAAGGCCCAGGUUACCCGGCUCAGCAGGAAGUGCAGGGAGAAGGAUGCUUUGAUACAUCGGCUCGCAGAGGAGUUGAAGCGGUGCCAGACUGCAGAGAACCUGGCGUCGGUUCUGGAGGAACUGGAACAGUUUGAGCAGGACACUGAGAACGAGGAGUACUACCGCCCUCUCUCCCCCUACACACAGGCCAAUCGGGCUGACAGUCCAAGGGCAGGAAAGAUCGAUGUCAACAGUUUCAUUCGCAACCAGAGGAAUUCUGGGCGGUGGUCCUCCUCCUCCUCAUUGUCGGACAGUCGAGAUCUAUCCAGCGACACCGAGAUCGGGAGUGUUGAGUCCGCCAACAAGAGGCGGCCCAAAUCAGCUGACCACCUGAUGGGUCGAAGGUCACCAUUCCAGGGAAUUCUCCAACGCUCAAUCAAUGCCAACAAUCUUAGUCCUCGGGGCAGUGGGGGACUUGUCCACAGUAUGAGGGAAAAGUAUGGACAUCUGCCCGAUGCCAGUCACUUUGUGGCCAUCACAGACUGCAUUCCAGAUGCCUUGUCUACUACCGGUCAUCCAAGUCUGCAGCUCCGACUGCAGGAAGGCGACAAGGUCAAGGUCACAGGUCCAAUAGAUGAGAAUGGUUACUAUGAGGUGGAGUGUAAUGGGCGAGCGGGUCUGGUGCCUGCCACAUGUCUCCAGCCGGCAGGACUGGGUUCUAACGGACACCAUGGCACACCCAAAGAAAGGAGGUUAAAACAUUUGAAGAACCAGCCAGCUCACCAGGACAACAGCCCAGAGAGAGUGACCGAGAUGUACCAUCAGCUGCAGGCUCCUCACAUCUCCCCCAGACAUGGGGGCAGCAGCAGCAGCAGCAGCAGCAGCCGGUCCACCCCCACCAGUAGCCAUGCCCAUCAUGGCACCCAGACACCCAAACACCUGGUGUCCUCAUCGUCUGCACAAACUCGCUCACACAAGCCCAUGUUCAAGACCGCCCCGAGGAGUGGUCCACCUGAAGCUCCAAGACAGUUCCAUGUGGAGCGUCUGGUUGGCGAAACCGGCGUCAUGUUGUCAUGGAUACCACCAGACCUUGAUGAAGUCGGUUGCAGCAACAACUCCCAGGUUGUGGGAUACAGGAUCUUCCUGAAUGGCCGCCUGUGCCAGCAGCCCUCCAGCCCACACCUGGCCAAGUCUGUGGUCGAGAACAUCGACCAGAGCCAGCACCAGCACUUCUCCCUGCAGACAGUCAGCAGUGCCGGGCAGACCUCCACCCUGGUGGAGACAGUGUACAAACCCACUGACCUGCCUCGCUGUGGGGGAAGUGAGAAUGAGGCUGCCACCGACCCAGAUCUGUCCUCCAUCUUGUCCAGUCGCCAUUAUGACCAGGGACAGAAGAGACUGUUUAUGGGCGUGUACGACUACGACCCCCGGCACCACUCCCCCCACGACUACACAGGGUAUGAGUUGGCAUUCAGGGCAGGAGAUGUGAUCGAAGUAUUCGGUCAACUCCGGCCUGAUGGCUUCUAUCAUGGCCAGAUUAGUGGCAAGAGAGGUCUUGUGCCAGCGAGUUUCCUCGAAGAAGUCCCGCCCCCUCACAGACCGGUUUCUUUUCAGGUGACAUCAGGUUCUUCCUCCAAUCUUCAUACUCCACGGUCGACCAACAGCACACUGCGACGCACACCUCGCUCAUAAUAUAGACAUAGUCAUGUUGACAAAACCUCACAAGUUUGCUUUUAUCACCAUUUUGCAGGUGGGCAUGAGCCAUGUACAAAACUUGCAUAAUUCACACCUUUCAUUGCCUGCAAUUUAUUGGGACUGUUUGAUUGGUGCUUUUAAACUCCACUGCUAAUGUUUGGGCAACUAUCAACAGGCAGUGCUCUCGUUGGACAGUUUUAGCUUUCACAUGAUUAAGGAUGUCACUGUUUGGUUGAAAUUUGCCUAUUUUGUGAGGUGUUUGUUGAGUGGCUGUUGUCAUUGGAUACCCUAGUAAAUACAAAUGCCAAAAACAGUUUCACAAUUUUGAUACAAGGGUAUAACAUAUGAUAAAUUAUGUCUGUAUUUGCUGUUUUUCAUUGUGAAAAAAAGCUCACAUCUGAAAAAUUAUGUCAUUGAGUCACUCCUUGCAAAUUGUAUAUUACUGCAAGGUGUUUCAACUCUCUGAAUAUCUUGAUCUUCCAAAAAACAUGAAUGGUAUGUUUUAAAAAAUGGCAGCAUUAGAGAAAUGGCAGUUCUGUUUGAACGUUUCAUUGCUGGGGAUCAGCAUCAUUUAAUUCUUCAGUACAAUUUUGUCAAGGUAUUGUGCCAAAGUUUUGCCAACAUGACUUUCCUUAAUUCGUUGGAUUACUUUUGACUUUAUAUAUUUACCGAUCUUGUUGUAGGAGUUGCAACAUUGAUAUUAGUCGUCUUCUUUCCAGAUAAAUGACUGUUAUGUUCAGACAAUAAUUAAUCUGGCUGUAGGGAAACUACGUGAAAUUGUGUGUCAUUAACUCGGCUUUGCUUAUUUGUAUGCUACUCAUCUGUUAAUAUGAAUUUAUUUAUUGAAACAGAAUUCCACUGAAAUGUUGUUAAAAAAUGGUUGUUAACUCGUGUAGAUAAAUACUUUGUUGAUAUAUUGCAGUUAAUCUGUUUUUUGUUUCAAGUUUCAUUGUACAUGACUAGAAUAAUUGUGGACCAUAUUUUGUUGUAAUUUGAAAAUAUCUAUUCAAAUAUGCUAAUAAUCAAAUUUGAAAUUUUACAAUAUUAUAUUCUUCAGCAUUAAAUGUUUGUAUUUGUUCCAACCAGUAAGUAUAUCACUAUUCCAAUAUGUUAUUUCAGUUACCUAAAAUAUUCAUUUCAUUCUUAACAGUAUACAUUAAAGUUUGACUUUGUCCAAAUUGUGCAUGGAUACGUAUAACCUUUGUGUUGGUGCAAAAUUUAUGCUUUAAUUUUUAAGUGAAGAUCCCAUGUUAUAUUACUUGAGUUCAUUUAUUUCCUGAAAACUGUCAAUUUCUUGGAAUGUUGUAAACAUUCAGUUUUAGCAGCUACUGUGUAAUAAAUAAUAAAACACUACGAGUCAGGUCAUUGUAUAGUUGUACAGAGUUGUUAGGAGAAUAGUAGCCCACUGAAUGACUCUGAUAUUAGACGUCACUUGAAUGUCUUCCCGAGGGGAAACAGUAUCCCGUCAUCUGCUUGUUGACAGAUUGAUGGUUCCACGAGUUUUGAUAUGUUUAUAAUCAUACUGUAAUAUACGGUUUGUAUUUUGUUGAUGAUGUAAUUAUGGAUGCAGUUGAUCUAUGCAAAAUAAUUAGAGGCAAUAUGUAUGUACUUAUUUUUAAUACAAUGCUCAUACAAAAUUAAAAACAAUGUAAACAUUA